CCAGCAUCUUCUGCCAACUGUCUCCUUCCCGAAUAUCACCCAGGAUUCCAGGCGAGAGUGUCGAUUACAGCAAAUCCCAAGAACCAUGUGCCUCAACUACACAGUUUAUCGAUCGCUGAGCGAGAGUCAGCCUCGGGAAUCCAACCACGAGUAUUAAACUUUGUAUUGUAAUUAACAUGUUGUUUGUUCAUGAUUUUUAUCCAUAAACCCAAGCGCCUCGACUACACAGUUUAUCCAUCACUGAGCGAGAGUCAGCCUCGGGAAUCCAACCGGUAACGGGACUGUUGGGGAACCCUCACUAUGAGCGACACAGAGCAGAAGUACUACCUUGACAAAGAGCUGGAUCCUUGUCUUCACUUUGACACGUACUUAGGGUCUGAAAUUACCAGUGCUAAGAAGGAGAUGCUGGAAGAUCCCCUGAGCUUUCUCUAUAAAUUAUUCUCAUCGGGUUCUGUGAAGGGAGAAACACUGAUAAAUAUUUCCAUUAGCGCCGACGUGUCUAAAACCUUUGUCGCCGCCGAUUUCUUCAAACAUAUCGUAUUAUUGGAAUCUUCAGACUCCUCUAUGAAAGCCAUAGAGAGCUGGAUCCGAAACGAGCCCGGAGCUGAGGAUCAAUCCUACGCCGCAGAGUUUGUUUGCUCACUUAAAGGGCAAAGUACUGGGAGUAAGGAGCAAGAAGAAAAGGCCAGAAGGGCAAUCAAACAUGUGGUAAAAUGGGACCUCACCGAGGAGAACCCACUGGGCGCAGUUGAGUUGCCCCAAGCAGAUUGUAUAGUCACUGUUUAUCACAUGGAGGCCAUUUGCAAAGAUAACGAUAUGUAUAUUAACGUUCUAAAGAAAUUGUUAUCCCACCUGAAGAUUGGAGGUCACCUGGUCAUGAUGGCAGGGAUCAACAUGACUUAUUACAUGGUCGGCCAAUACAAGUUUGCUGCACUAAACCACAAUGAAGAGUUUAUGCAAAAGGCUGUGACCGAAGCCGGUUGCACCGUUGUGAGCGCUGAAACUCACAUAAGGAAAUUUGAAUCCCCUUUGAUCGAUUAUGAAUCAAUUGCCUACUUAGUGUGCCGUAAAGACCGAGUGGUUUAACCGGUCACAUUCACCCUCAAUUGCAAUAAUGAUUCUAUCAUUAAUAUUGCAUUAAAUUUGAAUGAUUAUAUCUACUCUUAGAUUAGUGCUGCUUAUAUAUAUAAUAUUUCCGAAUCUCAUCGUCUCAAUGGUGAUACCAUCAUCAAAAUAGAAAAAAAUCACUUUAUUGAUUACUUCCUGUUACACAAGGAAGUUUCUCUACUUCCUGUCUGAAAAAUGCAACACUUCCUUUUUGUUCUACGGCAAGGAUUCUUGCUCAUAAGUAGCAUCUUCUAAUGUGUGGUGUGAUUGAUCAGAUUGACAGAUAUCAUUUAUUGAACAAAUUAAACCAAUCAGAAGGCUUAUUGUUUCUGCUGUUUAAUCUUUAUUACAGCCUUUAGCUCUAUAUAUAUUGAUAUCUAUUUACUUAAGAAGUUGUGGCUGGCUUUGAUACAUCCCUAAGGCAUUUUCUUAACACUCUAUAUGAAAAAGCAAUAUUAGAGAAAAGGCUCAUACUCUGUACCAUUGAUGUGAAAGAUCUAUAUAGCUCCAUUCCAGGGGUUCUGAGUGUAUGAGAGAAUAAUUAAGUGCAUUUUAAUUUGAUUCCAAAUAAAUAAAUUGAUAUUUAUGCCCUGAG